AUGGCUACGUUUACUCGCAUUGCUGACGAUGAGCGUCCCUCCAUCUCAGUAGACCCCAGCGCCAUCAUCUCCAAGAUCGAGGAUAACAUCUAUGGUGGUUUCACAGAGCACAUGGGUCGCUGCAUCUACGGCGGCAUCUACGACCCCGGAAAUCCCCUGUCUGACGAGAAUGGUUUCCGAAAGGAUGUCAUUGAGGCCUUCAAAGAGCUCAACUGUCCUGUUGUGAGAUAUCCUGGUGGUAACUUUGUUGCUACGUAUCAUUGGCUUGAUGGUGUUGGGCCUAGGGAGAAGAGACCUGCUAGACCUGAACUUGCGUGGAUUGGUACAGAGACGAAUGAAUUUGGCACAGAUGAGUUUCUUAAGUGGUGUGAGGUUGUAGGCACUGAGCCUUACUUCGCUCUCAACUUUGGAACUGCUCUCGCAUGGGUUGAGUACUGCAACUCCGACAGACCAACAUACUACGCCAACCUCCGUCGUCAAAACGGCCGCGAGAAGCCCUACAACGUCAAAUACUGGGCUCUCGGAAACGAGAUGUACGGGCCCUGGCAAGUCGGCCAGAUGACAAAGGAAGACUACGCCAAGAAGGCCUACCAAUGGGCCAAGGCCAUUAAGCUUCUCGAUCCCAACGUCGAGCUGAUUCUCUGCGGUGAAACAGGCCACAGCUCUUGGGACGCGUAUGUCAUCAAGGAGUGCAUCAAGUUUGACAUUCACGGCCUGGGUGGAAGCACGACUGCUAGUCUUAUUGAUCAGCAUAGCAUUCACAUUUACACUGCUAGUGAGGAUCACUACAAGAACGCCACUGCCCCUCGUUCUGCUGAGCGUGCCAUCGAGAUCACAGCCGGUCUCAUCGACCUCGCUCGCAUCGAGAACAAAGUCCCCCCCUCCGUUCGCCGUCAAAAGAUCUGCUUCGACGAGUGGAACGUAUGGGAUCCCGUGCGCGCCCCAGGCGAAGAAGGCGCCGAGGAGAAAUACAACCUCUCCGACGCCCUCGCCGUAGCAAUCUGGCUCAACGUCUUUGUCCGCCAGUCCAAACACAUGGGCAUGGCCAACAUUGCGCAAAGCGUAAACGUCAUUUCGCCCCUGAUGACCACCAAAGACGGACUCCUCAAGCAGCCUACCUGGUGGCCUUUGCUUCUGUACAGCAAGUACAUGCGUGGCUCUACUAUUGCUGUCAACGUUCGUGCGGGAGAGUAUCAGGGCCCUACGCAUCCGGAGUGGAUCCGCGGUGCUAUUGAGACGCCGUGGUUGGAUGUUAGUGCUGCGCUUGAUAAGGAUGGUGUUGUUAACCUUGCUGUUGUGAAUAUUCAUGAGGAGAAGGACUUUGAGACGGAGUUGAGGGGCUUGACGGGUGGCAAGGAGGUGGAGGUUCAUACUGUUAGUGGAAAGGAUGUCAAGGUUGUUAACACUGCCGAGAAGGAGGAGGUUGGUAUUAAGGAGUCCAAGUGGAAUGGUGAGGGCUUGUUUACGUUCCCCAAGCACUCGUUUACUCUGCUGCGCUGGAAGCUGUAG